AUGGAAGCUGGCAAAGGCGUGAUAGACAAGAAAGGGACAAAUGACGUGGUACUCCAUAUUUCGAACACGAUUCAGGAUGCAAAGAAUUCCCAGUUGGAUUUUUCUCCAAAAGACUCAUCAUCAAAUCUUGAGCUAACAGAGUUCGAGAAUCUGAGAGUGAGAGUUCAAACAUCUCCUUCUUCUUCAGAGAUACCAAAGUCAAGCCCAGCUCCAAGUCCAAAUCCACACAAGCCUCCAAAAAUCCCAACAACAGAGUCCAUAACAAGAAGAAAAUCACUUGCAAGGUCUGAAUUUUCAAAGCCAAAAUCAAGACUGCUUAAAAAAGAGAUCAAGACCGGCCACUUGGGGAAUUCAAGCUCACCUUAUAAUGUUGCUUCACCGAAUCACACAGUUGGUGUUACUACGCCAAGAGAUAACUUGAGGUCAGCUCCAAUCACCCCAAGAACGCCCUUGAUUGGAACGCCAGGACUGGAGGAAGAUGAUGAUGAGGAGGUCUAUAGGACGGCGAGUCUUAAUUUGAGCAAAAUAAUGGGUAAGAAGUGGAAUGUAUUACCCUUGAUUGAGUUAUUUGCAUUUGUGUGCAUUAUGGGGCUGUUAAUUGCUAGCUUGACCAUUGAUAGGUUGCUGAAUUCAAAGAUUUGGAAUUUGGAAUUAUGGAAGUGGUGUGUGCUCGUAUUAGUUAUUUUCAGUGGUAGAUUGUUUACCGAGUGGUUUAUGAAUGUUUUGGUUGUCUUGAUUGAAAGGAACUUCUUGCUUAGGAAGAAGGUGCUUUAUUUUGUAUACGGGUUGAAAAGGAGUGUUCAAGCUUUUAUCUGGUUAGGUUUGGUACUGCUAGCUUGGGCUUUGUUGUUUGAUGCUGGAUUUAAACGAUCCAGGCAAACUACCAAGAUUCUGAACAAGAUUACAAGAGCUCUUGCUGGUUGUCUUAUCGGGGCCACUAUGUGGGUGGUGAAAACCUUUUUACUAAAGCUACUGGCUUCUUCUUUUCAUGUCACUAGAUUCUUUGAUAGAAUUCAGGAAUCAAUCUUUCAUCAGUAUGUUCUCAUAACUCUUUCUGGGCCUCCCGUAAUGGAGAUGGCUGAAAGCAUUCUGAGCAGUAAGACGACGGCUGGCCAGUUGAGUUUCAGGAAUACUAACAAACAGAAUGAGAAAAAAGAAGAGGUGAUUGAUGUUGAUAAGCUUAAGAAAAUGAAACAUGGGAAGGUCUCUGCUUGGACCAUGAAAGGAUUGAUUAAUGUGAUUAGUGGUUCUGGCUUAUCCACUCUCUCCAACAACCUUGACCAGAGUGAUGAGGAGGAUGGCGAGCAGAAGGAUAAAGAGAUUACUAGUGAAUGGGAAGCAAGGGCCGCUGCUUAUAAGAUUUUCAGGAACGUGGCAAAGCCUCAUGGCAAGUACAUCGACGAGGAUGACCUCUUGCGGUUCAUGAAAAAGGAAGAGGUGGAAAACGUUAUUCUACUAUUUGAAGGAGCGGCAGAAACUCGAAAGAUCAAGAGAUCAACUUUAAGAAAUUGGCUGGUGAAUGUUUAUAAUGAGCGAAAAUCACUGGCGCACUCCUUGAAUGACACAAAAACAGCCAUUGAGGAGCUGAACAAAUUGGUUUCUGUUGCUGUGUUUGUUGUGAUCAUUGUUGUGUGGUUGCUUGUGAUGGGAUAUUUAACAACCAACGUGCUUGUCUUCAUUUCAUCUCAAUUGUUACUUGUGGUAUUCAUGUUCGGCAACACUGCCAAGACCGUGUUUGAAGCUAUCAUAUUUGUGUUCGUCAUGCACCCAUUUGAUGUUGGUGAUCGAUGUGUCGUUGAUGGAGUGCAGAUGGUUGUCGAAGAGAUGAAUAUUUUAACUACGAUCUUUUUAAGAUAUGACAAUGAGAAAAUAUUCUAUCCAAACACAGUUCUUGCUACCAAACCUAUCAGCAACUUUUAUAGGAGCCCAGAAAUGAGUGAUACUGUGGAAUUCGCCGUCGAUGUAUCCACUUCAAUUGAGACUAUUGGAGCUCUGAAAGCUAGGAUAAAAAUGUACUUGGAGAGCAAGCCUCAGCACUGGCGGCCUAGUCACAGUGUUCAAGUUAAGGAGAUUGAGAAUGUAAAUAAGAUGAAAAUGGCGCUCUAUGUUAAUCACACUAUAAACUUCCAGAACACUGGAGAUAGGGGAAACCGAAGAUCUGAUCUAGUUUUAGAGAUGAAGAAGAUUUUUGAAGAGCUUGGUAGUAAAUACCAUCUUCUGCCUCAAGAAGUUCACUUCAGCUAUGUUGGGACAGGCACAGCAGCUUCAAUGGCUCCAAAUCUCGCAAGAUGA